AUGAACCCCAGACUUCCCUACGUUCUCCUGGUCGGGGCUGCGGUGAUAAUCUUCAUUCUGUCCUGCAUGCUGCUGAGCAGGGGCGGGCGAUCGCCCAGCUGUGAAUCCCAGCCCGGCGUCGUGGAGGAGACAGGAUCCAUGAGCCAGAGCCUGGUCUUUGCUGACCUGACACCCGAGGAGAUGUCCCAGGUGGUGCGGUACCUGCAGGGACACCUGGGCGUGCCGCUGGUUGACGCGUCCCACGCCAAACCCUCGGACAACUGCAUCGCCUCCGUGGAUCUGCAGGUCCCCGCCAAGGCAGAGGUGCUGCGGUUCCUGGACGGCGGCGGGGCUCGUCCCCGCCGAGAGGCGCUGGCUGUGCUGUACUUUGGGAGGCAGCCAGAGCCCAACAUCACCGAGUACGUGGUGGGGCCGCUGCCGGCGCCGGCGUACCACCGAGACGUGACGGUGCACAAGUACGGGGGGAAGGUGCCCUACCACCGCAGACCGACGCUGGGCAGUGAGUACGAGCAGCUGAGAGUGUUCUUGGAGACGAAGGCGUUUGCUGCAGCACCGACCUUCCUGCAAGAAGUCCUUGAGUAUGACAGAACCAAUGUGGCGUUUCAGACCACGGUCCCUCAUGGAUUCCAGUCCGGCGAUCGGGUCACCUGGUUUGUCGUGUUUCAGAACGUGAGUGGGUUCUUUGUGCACCCGGUGGGGCUGGAGGUGCUGGUGGAUCACAGCAGCCUGGACAUCUCGCAGUGGGCGGUGAGCAGGGUCUUCUACAACGGGCAGUACUACAGGGACAUGGCUCAGCUGGAGAGCGCCUACGUGCAGGGUCGGAUCAGCGUGGAGAAGGUGAGCAAGGCAGCGUGGGAUGGGGACUUCUCGUCCAUGAAGCCUCGAGCGCCUCAGGCCGCGCAGUUCCCGGUGCAGUUUGAGCCGCAGGGUCCCCGCUACAGCGUCAGGAACAACCGGGUGCUGUUCCAGGCCUGGAGCUUUGCCUUUGGGAUGAGCGUGAGCACGGGCCUGCGGCUGUUUGACAUCCGACACAAGGGGGAGAGGGUUGCCUAUGAAAUCAGCGUGCAGGAGGUGCUGUCGGUGUACGGCUCCAACUGCCCGGGAGGGAUGUCCACGCGCUACAUGGACGGCAGCUUUGGCCUGGGGCGCUACGCCUCGCCCCUGGUGCCGGGGGUCGACUGCCCCUACCUGGCCACCUACGUGGACACACACUCUCUGUCGGACAGCCUGAGGCCCAGGAGGAACAAGGCUUCCCUCUGCAUCUUCGAGCACAACCUGGGCUCCCCUCUGAGGCGCCACUACUCCAACCUGCAGUCGCUCUACUACGGGGGGCUGGUCAACUCCGCUCUGGUCAUUCGCUCCAUUGCCACCGUGGGCAACUACGACUACGUGUGGGACUUCAUUUUCUACCAGAACGGGGCCAUUGAGGGCAAGGUGCAGGCCACGGGCUACCCAAGCUCGUCCUUUCUUCAUGGGGACGGCCUGAGAUACGGCAAUAGGCUUUGGGAGCACACCCUGGGUACCAUACACACCCAAUUUUUCAACUAUAAGGUGGACUUGGAUGUAGGAGGGGUGAAAAACUCCCUCGUGGCCCACGACAUGGCGUUUGAGAUGACGCGGGCUCCCUGGAGCCCAGAGCAGCAGAUAGAGCGGCCACGACUCACCAAGAAAGUCCUGGACACGGAGGACCAGGCUGCCUUCCGACUGCAGUCCAAGAUGCCCAGAUACAUCUACUUCGCAGCCAACAGCAAAAACAAGUGGGGCCACCAGCGUGGUUACAGGAUCCAGAUCACCAGUUUUGCAGGGGACCACAUGCCUGAAGCCAGUUCCAUGGAGAGGGCCAUCAGCUGGGCGAGGUACCAGCUGGCUGUGACCCGGAGGAAGGAGGAGGAGCCCACCAGCACCAGCAUCUACAACCAGAACGACCCCUGGACGCCCACUGUCACCUUUGCUGACUUCAUCAACAACGAGACCAUCACCAACGAGGACCUGGUUGCCUGGAUAACUGCUGGAUUCCUUCACAUUCCACACUCUGAGGAUAUUCCCAACACUGUGACCGUGGGAAACUCGGUCGGUUUUCUCCUGAGGCCCUACAACUACUAUGACCUGGACCCGUCUAUAUACUCCCACGAUGGAGUGUUUUUCACCAGCGAGCAGGACUUUACAGCAUGUGAAAUCAACCCUCUUGCCUGCUUGCCCAAAACUGCCUCUUGUUUGCCAAACUUCCCCCCAUUCACCUAUGAUGGUUUUCGAAAUAUGAGCAGGCUUUAA